AUGAGGGAAAGAAUGAAGAAAACGAGCGAUAUUGUGAAGAAGCACACAAAUAAGGCUAAGGACAAGCAGAAGAAGAACUAUGAUAGAAAAGCAAAGGCUGUGAAGAUCAAGGUUGGAGACAGAGUCAUAGUCAAGAUCUUAGCACAUGUUGGAAAGCAUAAGAUACAGGACAAUUUUGAAGAAGAAAUAUACGAAGUUAUUGACCAACCAAGAGAAGACAUUCCUGUGUUCAAGAUAAGAAGCGAGAAGACCAAGAGGGAGAAGACGUUGCAUAGGAACCAUCUUGUUCUCGUAGAUUAUGAAGACGAUGAAGAUAUAGACCUUGCAACAGAGGAGCCUGGAGAUACAUCAACGUUGAAUGAUGGUGGUGUACAGGCAGAAGAUGUAGAGAAAAGAGAACUAGGGAACCCAGAUGUUGAAGAAAAGAAGAAAAUAGGUGACGUCACAGAAGAAGAGUCAGAUUCUGAUGAAGAAGUAAGCUUCUAUUAUGUACCUCCUACAUAUAGAGAUGGGGACGCCCAUCAGCUUGCGAGUAUAGAAGAUGAAGUAGUAAAGGCAGAUAACGGUAAAGAAGAACAGAGACCAGAUAUCAGGCCUGCGGUUAACGAAACUGAGUCUCCAGAAGACACAGUGCGUAAAGUGAUACCCGAAGAUAACUUCAGUGGAAGUGGAAACAGAAGUGAUGAGACAGUGGUAAAAGAACCAGGAAUUGUAGUAGAAAGAGAUGAAACUUUUGAAAAGAGAAGAGGAGAAGAACCCGGUGAUCAUUGUGCAGGUACAGAACCAGACCAGGAAGAAGCUCAGAUAACAGAUAGAGAAAACAACAGAAUUCACACAAGACAAGACCGAUCAAGAAGUAGAUCAAGAGCCAGAAGACGUGAAAUAGAAGCUGAGGAAGCUAAUAGAUCUAAGAGUAGAUCAACGGCUAGAGAUUCAAGAAGUCUUAGUAGAAGAAGAAGCGAUGCAAGCAGAGAAGCGUCCUUGCAGAGGAAACAGUAUGAAGAAGAUGCCCAGAACACAGAAUUAAGAAGAUCUUCUAGACAGAGGAAACCACCUUCCAGAUAUGAAGACUUCCAUAUGCAUUCUUUGGUGACACGCCCGACCGAUUCUAGAAUUCAGGCCUUGGAAGAACUAGUAAACUCAGGGAUACUGAAGAACAUUGAUGCAAUGAUUGCACAGAAACUAGUAGACUCGGUUUUUAAAUAA